UCGCGUCGCGCGCCCCCUAGCGGCGGAGCGCCGCCGCUGCAGCCGCGUCGGCGCAUCGCCACAUUUUGUCUGCGAGCGCUGGAGAAGCGUCCGCCGACGGCGCAGCUCCGCGUCAGGGGAUUCGGGCAGGUUUGACACGGUCUAGUCUCCAGUCGGAGGAUGCACUGGUCGCUGAGCGCGCUCCCGUCCCCGCCCUUCGUGGAGGUGGGCGUCCGGUCUCUGAGCGGCCUCCUGUGGACGCUGCUGCUCCUCUUCCUGUGGCACUGCUACCGCGUGGGCUCCGACCUCCCGCUGAAGGCGGGCGCGCGCCGGGCCCGGACCUGCGCCGGCUCCAGCCACAGGGGCCCCUUCGUCUCCAUGGAAACGGAGGAGGACGGGCAGCGGGGGCGGGGCUACCUGGCGCCGGUGCUGGGCCGCGCCCUGUUCCCGGCGCCGGCGCCGGCCGAGGCCCGGAGGCUGUACGCGGCGCUGCAGGAGUACGCCAAGCGCUACAGCUGGGUGGGAAUGGGCCGCAUUCACAAGGGCCUCCGCGAUCAGGUCCAGCUCGACGAGCACGCUGCCAUUCAGAAGCCUCACCUCUUCUUCCUGCCGGACGUCCCAAGCGUUCCUUUCUUCCCGCGUGACGCCCACCGGCACGACAUCGAGGUCCUGGAGGCCAACUUCCCCGUGAUCCUGGACGAGUUCAAAUCUGUGUAUCAGCGGGGGAUCGACCCGAAACAAGGCUGGACCUGCCCUGGAGCGAAGGUAAGCGCACCGUGGAGGCCCGCGGUGAGUGUGAGCUCACUGGUCCGUCCUGUUUGCGCUCCUCAGGGCCUGGCGGCGUUCGCCCUGUACAGCGGCGGCGUCUGCGCGGCGGCCAACUGUCGCGCGUGCCCGCGCACCUACCGGACGCUGCUGUCUCUGCGGACCUUCAUAAGCAGCAACUCGCUGGGUUCUGCGGGGUUCUGGCUGCUGGGCCCCGGGGCGGCGCUGGGGACGUCGUACGGUCCCACCAACGCCCGCCUGCGCUGUCACCUGGGGCUGCAGACCCCUCCCCUGUGCGAGCUGGUGGUGGGGGGGGAGCCCCAGUGCUGGUCCGAGGGCCACUGCCUCCUGCUCGACGACUCCUUCCUUCACACCGUCUCCCACAAGGGCCCCGCGGACGCCGGCCCUCGGGUCAUCCUGAGCGUGGACCUGUGGCAUCCCAACGUGGCGGCGGCGGAGAGACAGGCGCUGGACUUCAUGUUCAGCCCGGAGCUCUGACUCCCAGCGCUUCCAGCAGGCAACGCAGGGACGCCUUACUGGGCCUCAACCCUGCAUGUUGUGCUCACGCGUCCCGUUCCAGUUGAACAGUCACUGUGCGACUCUGCGCCCAGAAUCUCACGAGCCAGUAGCGAAUGCGUUGUUGAGGCGGACGUUGGGACCGUGAACUGACAGCACAAAGAGACCCGACCUACGAUCAGAGUCUCAUCUGAAGUCUGGUUAAAAAAUGCAUGCGUGUCUCUGUCAUGGUUGACGCACUUUGUUUUCAGCAGCUGAUGCAUGUGAAAGAGGCCGGAGGAGUUACUUUUAGACGUAUAAAUAAAUCUAUACAACCAAAUAACUGUGAACCACGAUAAUCACGAAGCCUUUUUAGUGUAGUUUUCUGUGGAUGCCGUGAACGUUUACACGCUCUCCUUCAUUUAAGCUUGUGUUUCUAUCUGUGAGUCAAUCAGUACAUGUCUCUUGCUUUUCUUACUUUGCCAUCUUUUUUUCAAAGUUCAAAGAAAUAAAAAUAAAAUGUUCAAAUCA